CUCUUUAAUAACAAUUCGACACGAAUCAUAAGAAAUAUUUUUACUAACUUUUUUUGUUUUAUAUCUUCGAAUAACGCGCUUUCUUACAAUCCAAAACAUGGCGGAUGAUCACGUGACUAGGUAACAUAAACAUCAAAGGUUCCAACUGUACUGUCGUAAGGGGUUAUAGCUAAACUGUGGCUUGGCGUAUAUGGGACUAGGAUUAAUAGACUUGAGGGCUUAUAGGAGGGAGAUCGAUUCGAACAGCCGACCCGUACAGACGUAGACUGCGUUUCGAUAUUCACCGUCAGUACUGAAAUUCUACAGUGUAUGUGACGUAAACUAUAGAUUUUCAGUAUUGGCAGUGAAUAUCGAAACGCAGCCGUAGUCCUCUCGCCUCUGUUAAUAAGUGCUAGGCUAUUCGCCAGGAUUAAGAUUAUAAUUAAUAUAGUGGGAACCAUCAAAUUCAGUGAAUAUACGGGGUCGGUUUUGAUAUCAGGCUAAUCAGACAUAUUCCAAGGAUAACCGCAAAAGAUAAAAGAACUUCUAGCUGUGCACGUGCACGGCCAUACAAGCCAUACAUUGGAUGGAUGAACUUGGACGGCCAUUUUAUGGAAGUAUCACGCAUAAAAGAAAUGAGAUGGAGUAGUAAAAAUCUACAAGAAGAUUGAAUUAUAUCCAAAACAUCACCUCCGGAGAAUAGACUGCUAAUCAUUUUAUGACUAUAAUUUGAAUAAUCUAGCCCUCGACUAAAAGAGAAGUCACCAGUUAGCGGGUGCUGGUUGAUGAUCGAAUUUAUCUCUGUUGAUUGAUUCUAACCUAGAAAAUGCACCAGAUGUUGCCGUUGGGGCCACUCAAGUAGGAUGUGUAGAGGGGAUGAGAGAUGCUCGAGAUGUGGGGGAGGGGGGAUCACCCUCUCGAGGAAUGUAACCAAGAAACAUUCAGAUGUGUCAAUUGGAUUUCGUUCUGGGCUGCCGUAUUGGAAGGACGUGGUCCGUCUUUGCUCUCCAUUUGUAUAUAAGUGCUAAUAUCAAUAUAUAAUUUUGAAGUAUCUCAAGCUAAGGUGUUCGGCUUGAUUAAUCUGAUCUUAUUCGGCGCCCAAUUAAUCGUAAAACUUGAGGGCAUAGUGCUACCUCGUUCAUCACCGCCAUUGCGACGCCUGUUAUUUGGAGAGGCAGGUGACGUCUCUUGGAAUACAAUAUUUCGGCCAUUUUGUAUGGGUAGAACUAAGGAGUUACCGCAUGGUGAUCACGUUUUUUUAAAACCGUCCUUUGGAGAGGAAUCGCACCAUCAACAUCUACAAGGAAGUAAUAACUAAGAGACGAGAUCUACAGAUUCGAGCUCAAUCUUAAAAUCCAAAUAAAGGACGAAAUAAGGACUCUUCACACCUAGAAUCGGAAAGUUGGAAAUGUUUUCUGUAUUAAAAUUUGAAGACCCGGAGGCGCCCGAGAUAAUACCAACCAUAUGACUAAAUGAAAGAAAAAAAAGUGAUAAAGUGGUCACUAUAUAAUGACAAAAAAUCAAUAUUAAAAGCGAUUAUGCAUUUGGAAGAAUGAAAAUUGGAAAAAUUUUUCAUAUGAAAAAAUCCUGUUCCAACACGUUCGUGUCGUUCGUGACAUCAAAAUGUUCUGUGUUAUUAUCUGCAUUCGAAAAUGAGCUGUGUAUGGAAAUAUUUUACAAAAACCGAGAAAAAUGUUGCUAAAUGCACAUUAUGUUCCAAAGAAGUGAAAACUUCUGGAAUGACAUCCAAUUUGUUUACUCAUUUAAAAACAACAUUUAUUUGCAUUUGACGAAUGCAUGAAAAAGAAAAAGAAAAAAAUGAACUCACAAUUAAAAAGAUAAUUUAAAAGAAAAUGUAGAAGGAUCCAACACUUGUACAAGUAGACGUAGCAGAUCACGAAGUCCACUGUCCAAGUCCAUUGACAAUUUAUCCUAAAGUUCUACGUCGUCACACUCUUUGCAAAAUACAUUGUCAGAAGUCUUAAAUAAAAGAACAAGUUUUGAAAAAGGAGGUUCAAGAAAUAUAGCGAUCACAGAAGCAUUAGUAAAUAUAAUAUGCAAAGAUAACAUGCCUACUAGGACUGUCGAGAAAGGGGGUUUUAUACAAUUUGUUAAGACUCUUUGUCCUCUAUUUAAAAUUCCUUCAAGAUCUACGUUAACAAUUCUUUUAGAAGAAAAAUAUAAAGUAUGCAGGUCACAACUGAAAGAAAUGUUGGAUCACGUACAUUACGUAUCUUUGACAUCAGAUAUAUGUACCAUAAUGAAUUUAACUAGAAGUUUCUUAGUGAUAACUGGACAUUUUAUCAAUACAGAGACUUACAAUCUUGAAUCCGUUUGCUUGGAAGCAGUGCCUCUAACAGAAAGACAUACAGCAAAUACUAUAACUGAACAAUUUAAUCAGAUUUGUGAGGAAUAUUAUCUGAAUCCAUUAAAAAUAAUUUCAAUUACUACAGAUGGAGCUUCUAAUAUGCAAAAGGCAGUUGAAUUGUUCUCAAACUCUUCAAAAUGGAUUUGGUGUUUUGCACAUAUAACUAAUUUAGUUGUACAAAAUUCUUUGAAGAAUACACCUGAACUUGAUAAAAUUAUUGUACAAAUUAAAAGAAUUGUUACGUAUUUCAAGCAAAGUACUAUUGCAUCAGAUGAACUUAGAACAGAACAGAUAAAGCGUGGAAAAAGUGAAGGCAACAUAAUGUAUCUGACACAAGACAUUUCUACUCGAUGGAAUUCUACCCUUGAAAUGGUAGAAAAAUUUGAGAAACUAGCACCCAUUCUGGGAACUAUAUUGGCUAAUAGAAGUCAUAAAGAUGGUCCACAAAUGUUAGCAGGAUAUCAUAUUGAAGUAGUAUCUGAAAUUAUUCACCUUUUAACACCUUUUAAAGAAGCGACUACUCAAAUAUCAGGUGAUAAAUAUGUAACUGCCAGUAUCGUUUUGCCAUUGUGUCAUAAUGUAUUAGAGACAUUAAAUGAUUUGAAGCCUGCCACCAAUGCUGCAAUGGAAUUUAAAAAAAAUUUAUUAAAGGAAAUCGAAGUAAAAUAUAUACCUCUUAAAAAAAAUAAACUUUUAACAAUUGCAACUCUACUUGAUCCUAGAUUCAAGAGAGUGUACAGCUUUUCUUCUCUCUGCCAGGCAGCAGCUAUAUCACAAGUAUGCUGCGAAAUUAGAGACGUAGCAAGACAAAAAGGCGACACUUCUGCAACGUUAGAACAAAGUCCAUCCAAAGAGACUCAAAAAAAUUGUAUUUCUAUUUGGACAAAACAUACAGAAAGGCUAAAAAAACAUUCAGACGAAGAUGAAUCAUAUACACAUCAAAUGCCACCUGAAUUAAAAUUAUAUUUUAAAUCUGCAAUACUUCCAUUAUCGGAGGAUCCUAUUAAAUAUUGGUACAAUUAUAAAACAGUAUCUCCUGAAUUGGCAGAAGUUGCUCUAAAAUAUUGUGCAAUAAUGGGGUCAUCCAUGGCUUCAGAGAGAAUUGUCUCGGCUAUUAACAAUGUCGUAACUGAUAAAAGAAGUAGAUUAACAAAUCGUCACAUAAAAGAGGCUGUUUUCCUUACUAAUUUUUUUAGAAAUAAAUAAUUCUUCGAUUAAUGUUUGAAAUGUCACAAAGUGUUAUAUAUACAUAUUCGAGUACAAAUUGAACUCUAGUGCAAAAAAUAUGCAUAAUUAUUUUUAUUUUAAUUAUAUAUAUAUUUUUUUUAUUUUAUAUAAUAUAACAUAUGUAAUUUUUGUUCUGUGAUGCAAUACUUAUGUGUAAUACUUAUAUGCAAUACUGUAUUUUAAUACUUUAAUGUAAAAAAAAUAAAAUGUUUUCUUACACUUUUUAUUAAAAAAA